UCGUGUCUCAAAUUUUUUCGGUAAAAUGAAGGUAAAAGUGAUUUUCUUUCACUUCAUUUGAUCCCUCUGAUUUUCAAGUACAAUCAAAGAUCUUAUCAUAGGGGUUCAGGUUAGAAAAUGAGUAGAUCUCACUGGAAAGCGAAGUGAACUUUACGUGAUGGGUGCGAAUCGCAUGACUUGGUGGGUACUGUAUUGUGCUUUCCCUCCCUCCACUCCCGCCACCAAUGGCAAUUGAAUACCAAAGCAAACGAAAAUCUUUUGGUAAUACGGCAAACUCUCUACAGAAACUAAACCACCAUAAUUACUUGAAUUGUAUUAGCGUGCACAACGGAUGCGAUUACCCGGUACGGCAGGAAAUGUAUUUGAGCGUAAAGAGGAUUAAUUAACUAAAUGCAAUUGAAAGGGUUGAUUCCAUGGCUUAAAUUAGCUGAUCUUCAAACCAAACUUGGGAAAGACAUCAUCACACACGCCAGACUUUGUACUAUGUCGUUAUUUUUCUAUUUUCUUGAAAUACUGGAUAUAAAAACGUAGAUUGAUUGAAAGUGCUCGUUUUCUGGCGGGACUUUGGGGUGGGUACAGCAAGCAAGCAUUAAGCACCAAGUCAUGAAUCAUUCCACAUUCCUGUAUUAAAAAAAAACUUAUCAGUUAUUUUUUCGUCAAAUUUCUCGAAAACCAACUCUUGUCCGAUACGUUUACAGUAAAAAAUAGUUUCUAAGGCGCUUUCGUUUGGCUUGUGAACAGAUAGGCUGGUGUUUCAAAAAUGCCCGUGAAAUCUGCACUGGCAAGAGUGAAAUUAUCCAUUUUAAAAUUAGUCGUAGGGGUUUCCUGUGUUAAUUGCAGGUUAAUAGGAUCAAUUUUAAGCUAGAAAAUCUUUAUUACAUUGUUUCGCUGGUAUGAGCACAAAUAUUAUUGUCUAGUCUUGUAAGACAAUAGUCUUUUGAGGGAUGGAGACAAAAUCUGCUGGGCAGGCGACACAACCAUUUAAAUGGGCGAUUAGGUUCACAGAACGGCGGAUCAGCUGGUCAUCAGGGAUUGUAGAAAAAGGAACAGAUUGUGCGAAGAUUGGAAAAAUGGGGAUAUCCGCAGCGCAAUCAAAAAAUUAUGUCCCGGAUUCCAGAGUCUGUUGCAUCGCGUCAUUAGGUUUUGAUGGGCGUUCAUCGAUGGCUUCGUGUUUUGUUUGUUUUCGGAAUUUUGGAAAUACGUCGGAUCGAGCCAUCCGGCCUAAAAUCACCUACCAAUCCACUUCCCUUGAUACCUGACUGAUGGUACCUUUUUACAAGAAAAUACUUUUAUUUGUACUUCAAGUACUUCGAAGUCAACACGAUUAAACGGAUCAAACAAAUGGCGAACUAGGGCAAAAUCAAAGUAGCGCCCGUGUAGUUCAGUUAAGUCGAAUAAAAACAGAAACAUUUUCCAAACGCCCUUAAGUUGCAACAAUGGCAGCUCUGUUGUUCAUUGGUCAAAGUGUUGUAUGGUACGUUACGUCCGUUCCCUUCAGUUUUCAUAGUGACUUUUGAUAUCUCUCAUGUCACACUGAAUAAUUCAUUUAUUAACUUUGCCAAACAACAACACUCAAGAACGAAAAAAAAAAAAUGACCAUCAGUGGAAAAAAAGAAAUGACAGGGACACCCCAAUAGCGUAGCCAAUUACAUCGCCGCACGAUGGCUUUCAGCAUUCAGUCUUAUCUUUGGCGUAUAGUCAACCAAAGCCACCUAGCAGACCUGACAUGAGUUUGAUGGUUGUCUUUCAUGAGACACACCACCUUCCGUCCAGUGCAGUGGAAUAGUUUUCGUCCAUUCCUGAUGGAAACUCGAAUCACCCAAAACCUUGCGCGACUGUCUCGUUUGCCCUCAUUUGUCUCGCUGCCUGCCGAGUCACCUCGUUAUGUUACCUAUAAAAACAAACAAAAGUUAUUACGGGCAAGUGGAAUAGUUACAAAACAUGUUUUAUUAUCUUUCAGGUCCAAGAAUAUGUUUGUGAAGCUAAUGGAAACGACUAUUAAGCUUAUUCCACUUUUGGUGGUUUUUUCAAAAGUCUCAUCUGCAGAGAAAUGCGAUUCUCCCCUCGGCAUUUUGAUCCCAGACAAUCAAUGGAGUGCCUCUUCUACAGUAGACUAUGCAUCGUUUGGUGCUUAUCACGGACGAAUGAACAAUUCUCCUGACACUGUGGGCUGGUGUUCUUCAACUGUUAAAGAAGAAAAGGCAUUCAUAGAGGUUGACUUGGGUCGGAACAUGCACGUUAGUGCCCUGUCUACCGUAGGAGUGUUGGUGAAAAACGACUCUACUGGGAACUUUUCGUUCAUGUACGUUUCACAGUAUUUUCUUGCCUACAAACGUGAUGGAGACUUGAAAUGGAGGCGGUACCAUCGAAACGAUGUAUCCGUAACACUUAUUAAAACCAAUGACUCCAGAGUCCACAAACACCACCUACAGACGCCGCGGAUUGCCCGCCAUGUUCGGCUGGUGCUGGACCAAGGAGUUGGAGACAGAUGGUGUCUGAAGUUGGAAAUACAUGGCUGUUCUUGGACUAAACAUGAUGGCUUGGUUUCGUACCGCAUCUCUCAGGGAAAUAUCCGACAGAAUCUGCCCGGGUGGAAUUCCUUACGUGAUAACGGCUACGAUGGUACGAGGCUCUCUUUUGGGAAAAAAAUUGGCGUACUUUACCGCGGAUUGGGACAGUUGACAGACGGAGUGAUUGGUCGUAAUGCUGACUGGAAUGACACUGAUAACCCAAACUGGAUCGACUGGAUUGGCUGGCAAGAUUCCAAGACGGUUGACCCAACUGUCACAUUUGAAUUCUCAUCUUUAAGAAAGUUCUCUAGUGUCCAUUUUCACGUACUCAAUCUACCGGGACACCAUGAAAAGAUGCUCUUCAGCAAAGUUGUUCUUUCGUUCUCUCGAGAUGGCGAGUAUUUUGCUUGGAAGACCAUAUAUGAACCCAGCAUGGCUAAAAGAACAGCACUGGGAGACAAAGCUGUUUGGAUUGAGGUUAACCUGGAUGGAAAUAUUGGAAACCACGUCACCUGUGAAUUUGUAUAUUACGGAUGGUGGGUGUUGAUUAGUGAAGUGGAAUUCGAAUCAGAAGAAGUAACCAUCGAUCAUAUUCCUGAAACCGAACCAAACUUUCAGCCUGGAAUAACAACAACAGCGAACACACUCGACAACGAAAUCAAUACAACAGACAGGAUUGUGGUGGAAGAAACGAGUUUUGAUGAGGCUUCAGACGGCUCUUGGGACACAGUGUUGACGGGGUGCCUGGCUGCUGCUGGGGUAAUAGGAGCACUGCUGUUGUGUGUCCUCGCCGUGCUGAUCUGGAGGCGGAGGAGUCGACGCACACGCGCCGCUGAACAGGAUUUAGACAACAGACCAAUCAGAAUCAUCAACCCCAGCAAGAAAAACUCACUAAACAGAAGGAACGAUCCUGGUGCGCAGCAAAUUCGCUUUGAGAGACUAAAGAUGCUGGGGAGGGGAAUGGACGAGGACGAAGAUGAUGAAGAGGAGGAAAUGGACUUGAUGAUGGAGAAAUGUAAUUUGAAUAAUGCCAGGCUGCUGAUGGGUGACCAAGACAUCUCAAAGAAUCUCCGUCCUCAAUCCAGAGAAAUCUCCCUGGAGGAAGAGAAGGCUGAAGUUCUUGCAGAAAUGAGGAAGGUCAGCGAAAGUAGCGAUGAUUGAAUGCAGGUGUACAUUGUUACAACGAUCCCCGUAGCAUUCCCAACACCAAACUUCAUAGCAGUGAAAAAAAGGAGACAAACUGACAAACUCAUCAAAAAAUGGAGAAAUACGCUCCAGAAAACAUAUCGUUUUUAUCUCCGUAUAUUUGAAAUCAUAAUAAUAGCUACGGUACGAGAUUCCAAAGGAUUUCCUAACUUACGGUACGUUUUUCUCGAAUGAGCUCACAAUUCGACUACGGAGGCCGCCAGUUUGAAUAUUGCUAGGCAACCUGGUCGGUUACCAGUGACCUUAAAGACAAGGCAUGGUAUUAAUUGAACUGUUUGAAUUCACUCUGGAGUCUCAGUUAACUGGGAAUUGAGAGGCUGAUACUAAAGUAGCAACUGUGAACUGUGGUCCUAUUAUUUGAGUUGAAUUCUAGUAAGCUAUCCUCGUGCGGCCAGGUUACUGAGUCGUUUCCAAAAUGGCUGCGUCUGUAGUGGAAUUUUUAGCACACUUGAGGGAAAUUUUUCCAACUAGUUGGUCACUUUUAUGAUUCAAAAAUGCGUUAGUGUGUAUACUACUAUAUGCCACAUUGAACAGCGGCGUUAAAUUUGAAUGGUUUUUGCUGGUAGCAGACUUCUUCAGUUUACCUAAGCUCUUGUAAAUUUCUAUGUACUUAAACAGCCCAAACCAGCUCAUAAAUUUCAAGCGAUUCUAAGAAAAUAAAUGUUUCUCUGAAGUUUGUUUCAGAAAUACCUUUAUUUUAUAGAAUCAAAAAUAUUCUUUAAGUAUGAUGAUAGCUAUUUAUGGUAAUUAAUGUAAAUGCUGAAUUAUUUAGAUGUCGUAGAGAUGUUAAUUUGCUUAAAAGUUCCUUUGCAAUCAUAUUCACCAUAACUUACUCUAUAUCAUGUCUGUUUCAUAUGUUUUAUGUGUAGAGAUACUCAAAAAAAAUAUCUGUAUCUUUAUCACCGAACCAGUAGCCAAAUUAGUUAAAUAUACUUACAGAAUAGUAGGGUUUGCAUUCAAAACGAGUUUUGUUGAGUUUCGGAAAAAUUUACAAUCAAAAAUUUGUUUUUCCAUCAUUUCAACUCUGGUUUGUUUGCGAACAAGUUUUCGUUUUGAUUGCAAGGGUCAAAUGAUUUUCGGAUGUGGCGGCCACCUGAUUCUAAUCACGGCCGUUGGUGCGAAGCCGACAUGACGCCACUGCCCCUUAGGCAGCAAAACAAAGUUCGCUCAUUUCUACUUUCCGAUGCUUUAGCUCACUGCCGCUCACUGUUUCAGUACUUAAAACACAGAAAAAAAAUGUAACUGAUGUUAAAUAUUUAUUUAAUUACUCAUUCCGACCUUGCGAACAGCCUCUUCAAAGUCUUGACGCCGAAACAUACUAUUGAAAUGCAGCUAAACUGAAGUUAAUUGUUUCCAGGUUCUGUAAAACUGGCCUUUCCGUAAUAGAGUUUACUGUCCAGUACAAAAAAAUCUUAAAUGACUAUAUAAUAAUAUUUACUCCGCAUUGCGACUAAGAGUAAGUUGCUCUGAUUAAAACAAUAAAGCUGAAAUGAACCACAACGUAAUUUUAAAGCCAUUGUACUUAAUGGCUAGUAUUUGAGGAUAAAUGCGCCAGAAUGAAUUCUUUUUUAGGCAUAGAAACACGAAAUAAUCUUAUUUCUUCUCCUUGUACAUUACGCGGAGAUAUUGAUAACAAUAGAUAUUUUUUACACGACUGUAAAUACUGCUGUAAGUUCAAUAAAGACCUGUUCCUCCUCAUGCUUA